GUGCAAAACUGUUGUUAGAUGGACUUUGCUCCAACACCACUGUCAAAUCUUUGGAUUUGAAGGGAAAUAACCUGCGAACCAUGGGAGCUGAGGCUUUGGGAAAACUUCUUAGGCAGAACAAAUCCAUCAGGAGCCUGAUCUUAGAAUGGAAUAGCCUUGGCGUGUGGGAGGAGGGCUUCUCCUUUUUCUGCCACGGACUGGGAGAAAACAACUGUCUCCGGCGGCUAGAUCUGCGCAAUAACCAGAUCAACCAUCAAGGGGCUGGAGAGCUGGCCGCAGCGCUGAAACAAAAUGCCAGCCUUCAGGAGCUGGAUUUGCGUUGGAAUAAUAUUGGGCUUCUGGGUGGCCGAGCUUUGCUGAACUGCCUGCACAGCAACAAGACCCUGAAGAGACUGGAGCUGGCUGGGAACAACGUUCCUAGUGACAUCCUGAAAGCUAUCGAACAAGCCAUGAAUCACAACCAAGACCGUCAGACUAUCCUGAGUGAGACCCAGAACCGAACGUACAUACUCAGCAAAGAGAUUGUGAGUCUGAAGGACGAGAAGACCAAACAGUUCUUGGAUUUGAUGGACACUAUAGAUAAGCAGAGAGAAGAAAUAGCCAGGAGUGGCAGGUUGUCUGCAGCACGUGUCAGCCAGCUGCAGGAAGCAUUGGAUGAGCAGCACUCUAUCAUGAAUUCACUGAAAGCCAAGCUGCAGAUGACUGAAGCUGCCCUGGCUCUGUCUGAGCAGAAGGUGCACGAUCUGGGAGAGCUGCUGAGUGCCUCGAAACAGGAACAAACCAGCAUGGCCGAGCGCCACUUUACAGAACUCCAGAAGCAAAAGCAGGAAGGUGCUGAUCGGGAGGGCAAGCUUUUGCGUGACUUGUCUGCUGCCAGUGAGAAAAAUCUGCUUCUAAGAAACCAGGUGGAUGAAUUGGAGAAGAGGUGCAAAGCAUUCCAGGUAAAACAAGACUUGACCAACACAACAGCAGAGCUGAAGCUGCGGGUCGUGCAGGCUGAGGAACGCCUGGAAAUGGAGAAGAGACGAUUUAAACAAAGCCUUGAAGACGUGGAAUCCCUCCGGGUGAAAGAGGUGGAUCAUAUGACACAGCACAUUGAGGCCUGUGAACGUUCCACGCAGGAUAGGAUCCAGAGGCUGGAGGCUAUCAGGAUAGCUCUGGAGGAGGAGCUGAGCCAAGUCAAAGCAGCUGCGCUCACUGAGCGAGGCCAGGCAGAGGAGGAGUUAAUAAAAGUCCGGAAUCAGGCACGGUUGGAGGAGCAGCAACGCCUAGAACACCUAGAAGAAAAGCUGCGGCUGAUGACCGAGGCACGGGAUGAAGCUCAGAACUGCUGCCUUAAGCAAAAACAAAUGGUUGCUGAGGCCCAAGCCAAAGCAAAUCAGUUGAGCCUGCAUGCUGAUGGACUCAGGAGGCGGCUGGAGGAACUCCAGCAGGACCUGAACAGUAAGGAAGAAGAGAAAGUGACAGAGGUGAAUAAAGUGAAAGUGGAGUUACGGGAGCAAAUUGGACACCUGCAGGCUGAACGCACUGCACAGGAUGGGCUGAGAGAGAAGAUUGCAGCCCUGGAGAGACAGCUGAAAGCCCUGUCAAGUAAUCACCGUGAGGCACUGCUGGACAAAGAAAGUGAAAUCUCUAUGCUGCUGGAGAAGCUGAGAAUGAAAGAGGCUGACAUCUCCAGGAUGAGGGAAGAAGAGGCCCAGCGAGCCAGUUUCUUGCAGAAUGCCAUCAUGGCAUAUGUGCAGGGCUCCCCCUUGGGAACCCACAGUUCUAGGAAAUGAGAAUUGUCGUAACAAAUCCAGAUACCUGCUUUCAGGAAGAGGAUGAACAACUCAGGCACAGCCCC